CAUUGUACAAACGGUCAAGUACGUGAUAUUAGACAUCUGAAUGAGAUCAAAUUCUAACACUUAUCAGAACAAUCGUUUAUCCCAAUUUAAGGGCAAAGUAACCUAAAUUCGGGAUACCCACUGUAAUGGCGUUGCUGUUCGAUGAUAUUUUGACUCGUGUUGGAGAUUUCUCGCGUUUUCAGUACAUGCAAUGGUUCUUGUUGUUUUUAAGUUCAAUCACACAAGCGUGGUACUCGUAUCUACCGUUCUUCACAGCUGCUAAAGUCAAAGAUGCAGACGUUUUGUGUACGUCCAAUUUAAAUAUAACAGGUUGUAAUGCAAACUGCAGCAGUGUGAAGUACGAUGUUGAUUAUACGUCCAUUGUUACAGAGGUAAGCUAUAUAUAUAUUAAUUCCUAUAAAAAUCAACGACAAUCCACGACGUUGCCGCAAAUUGGCAGUCAUAAUAUCUCACCCUUGAUUUAUGAAAUCAAUAUAGCAGUUUUUGACUUAGGACAGCAAAAGGUAGGAAAUACAACUACCGAAAAAAUACAAACAGAGCUUUAGACAUUUGGAGCGAAGGCCCCUCGUCAGGACGUUAGUAUAGUUUCCCAACGAAGGCCAACGAAGCCUAUGGCUAUGCCUAUGUUUUCAUUUAAUCCACGCUAUAAAAUGCUUGGACUUACGUUGUGUAAAUAAAUAAUUUGUGCAGUCAUGCUAUUUACAUUUAUAUUUUAUAUAUUUAUACUGCGUCGUAGAUGGAAAUCCGUAGCCUAGGGGAGGAAACUCGUUGCUAUUAGACAAGUAGGAGUUUAUACUAACUCUUCUGACUAUGGUAGUGCAUGUUUGACACUGUUUAUGUCCGUUGCCACACAAAUAUCAGGUUACACGCUUUUAAUAAUAAAGAAUUGCCGCGAAUGGUAUUACCUCAAGCAAGCAGGGCGAAAGUAAAACGAGGAAGGCUAUUAAUACAAUGAAAUUCAUAAUAUCGUGAGAACGAAAUGAGCACUCAAAAUCCCGCGGGAGUUUUAGACGUAUAGCACUUCCUCUGUUUCCCGUACAACGUAUCUGCAUGGGCGCAUGGCACCAUUCAAAUUUCUUUGAUUUUGCCUUAAAAUUUCCUUGAUUAACCGAGGAUCAGCUAGCCAAGCAUUCAAAAACUUCUGCUCGUAUUUCUUCUUUUUAGAAAUAAUUUUAAUGUGUCUACUGUCCCUAGCGUGAGCGAUAUCGUCUUCGCUCACACGCUUCUUGAAUAUUUCAUUAUAUAGUUUGAGUGACACUAUGUUGUCAAAGUAUUAACACGCGGUGGCCUGCUCGCAGCCUGAUUUUCGCCUAAAAAUUUCAGGCUGUGGGCAGUCUGUUUCAAGUGCCUUUUUUAACUAUAUAACUGGGUGGGCAAUUGCCUGAGUCGGAUAAAUUUUCUGUGUUCAUACGACUAUUUUUAUCCUAUCUAACCCACAAAGGUUUGUAAAAAAUAUUAGCUAUUGUUCUUCUUUAGUCCGCUAAAUCACGUGUCGUGUCACCGCUGCCACGUAUCGUGUUAAACGUGCGCUGAUUACCCCCAACCCUGUAGUUGAAUAGUACAGACAAUUUUUAUUUGUGUACUGUGGCAUAUAAGCACCCUGUAGUUGAAUAGUACUGACAAUUUUUAUUUGUGUACUGUGGCAUAUAAAGCUACGUUUACACGCUGCGAUUAGGCCCGAUUAAUCGUGUACGAUUCGUUUUCUGGCGUAUGUCAUUGAGUAAACACGCGUAAGCUGGCUACAUUUGAAAUCUCUUUUAACGAAACGGCAAUGAAUUAUGGCGCCAGCACUCAUUUUAAUACGCCAGAAUACGAAUCGUACACGAUUAAUCGUAGCGUGUAAACACAGAAUAGAUACCGGACCAGAAGUGUCACUCCUAUUUGUUUUGGCUGAAGGAAAACGUCCGAAAUUUUUUUGCGUGCUAUGACGCCAUCCUGGAGUGCACCCGGCACUUUGUACCUAUGUUUUCCUAUGAAAAACUUCCGUGUGCACUCCAGGAUGGCGUCGUAUGAUGGCGUAUUUUCACGUCAGCACUCGUAAAAUUUCGGACAAAAUAUCGUCUGAGUGACACUUCUGGUCCUGUAUCUAUUCUGUGGUGUAAACGUAGCUCAAGCACUCUCGCCUUUCAAACUCGCUGUUCAAAGCAACUUUUAGCGUAACAACCGAAAAUUAUUUGUUGCAUCAUUCUUAUGCAUCAUCCACACGAGAAAAUGUAUUUGUCUCAGUAGAAAAAUAUCAUACAAACUUGCUCGUGUAGACGGCGCUUAUACGAUAUUUUGAUUCUUUCGUACUAACGAUAGUUAGCUUGCCCAUAUGCUUAUUCUGUAUUGUUAACAUAUAGUGGGAUUAUGUUUGCGGAGUGGACAAAUACAAAAUACCAUUGACCAAGAGUAUAUUUUAUGUGGGUAAGUUUUUUGGUGCGUACAUGUUUGGGUGGAUGUCCGACCGUUAUGGAAGGCGAGUUGUGUUCUUCGUCACGGCGUUCGCACAAUUCGUCAGCUCGUUAGCAACGACGUUUUCACCGGAUUACUACAUGUAUAUGAUCUUGAGGCUGCCUAUUGGUAUUUGCAGUGGAGGUAAGAUUAUUUUAAUUAUUACCAUCGCAACUACUAAAAACAUUUCGCACCAUCAUAACCAUCUACACCGGAUGGAUCUUCAUCACCAGUAUUAUCAUCUCAAUCACUAUCAUCUUCAUCGUCACCACCAUAACUUUCACCACCACCACCACCACCACCACCACCACCACCACCAUCAUCAUCAUCAUCAUCAUCAUCAUUAUAAUCACUAACAUCACCAUCAUAACCAUCUACACCGGAUGGAUCUUCAUCACCAGUAUUAUCAUCUCCAUCACUAUCAUCUUCAUCGUCACCAUCAUAAUCAUCAGCAUCAUAACUUUCACCACCACCAUCAUCAUCAUCAUCACCAGCAUUAUAAUCACUAACAUCACCAUCAUAACCAUUAUCAUCACCAAUGUCAUUAGUACAAUUAUCAUAUUGGCUUCUUGGCAUUUUUAGCUCUUAAGUUAUUUCAAGAAGCCACUACUCUACAAAUUUUGAUCUGUUUGCCUUAAUUAAUUAAUAUUCUGAAUUGUAAAAAAAAGGCUACAAUAAAGUCUUGUCUUGUCAUAAAGUCUUGUCUUGUCACCAUCACCAAUAUCGUCGUUAUCAUCACUAUCAUCAUCACCACUACUAUGAUCAACACCACAAGCCACUAUUGAUAACCAUCAUAACCACACAUAACCUCUAGAUGAUCAUACAGCUAACCACACCUUAUGCUAUAAUCUUCCUUAGGGAACUUUAUGGUAGCAUUUUUACUGGUAACAGAAAUGGUCGGUAUAUCGAAACGGAAUUGGGCAAACGGUGUGAUGCAAAGUGGGUAUGGACUUGGUAUUGCAUCGCAAGCUGUACUUGGGUAUCUUGUUCGUGAAUGGAGAUAUUUUAAUCUACUGAUUACGCUUCCAAAUCUUUUCUUUAUUUUUUAUUGGUGGUAAGUAAUAGGUUUCUUAUUCUGGCGUAUGUAAUUGAAUGCAAUUGAAUGAACUUGCUGAAGAAUUGUGGCGUUAGUAGUAAUUUUCAUACGCCAGGAUGACAAUCGCGUACGACUAAUCGUUUUAUGUAAACAGGCCUUCACUGUAUAUAAACUAAAGAAGCGAUUAAAAAGGUAGUAAGCCAAUGGGUGAUUCCAGCUCAGUGAGCUCCAUAUAUAUCUGGAGUAGGUUGCUCAAAGUGAAGCCAGUUUCGUGUUAACCGUGCAUACAAAAACAAUAGAAAGGGACUGGAACUGACGUCCAACAGCUCCUUCAAUUUCCGCCAUCUUGGCAAGGAGUGUGUUGAAAUUUCGUAUUUUGACUUCGAUUUAAAGAAUAAUAUUGUGAUUUUAUGAACUGAAAACUUGAUUAGUGAUAUGGUCCAUCAGAAAAAACUGGAAUUAGCUGGGGAAAAUGGUAUAAAAACUGUUUACGACCUUCAGAGCUAUUGGACGUCAAUGGCCGCCAUCUUGGAUUUUUUUGGCUUCACUUGUCCUAUUGCCAAAACAUCAGAAGUUCCUACUCCAGAUAUAUAUAUAUAUAGAGCUCACUGUUCCAGCUAUGGACUUAAUUUUGAUCUAGGUAAGAAAAAUGUUAAAAUUAGUAAAAUUAGUAAAAAUGAGCAUGUUAAAAUUAGUAAAAUUGCAAAGUUUGGUUGCGAAAUGUUGUAAAAUGAGGAAGACAUACCCCUGCGAAAUUUUGUAUUAUUUUGUAUUACGCACGGGAAAAUGCACCACUUUCGGUCCAAAUGUGGUGCAUUUUCCCGCGCGUAAUACAAAUUAAUACAAAAUUUGCAAAUUUCGCAGGGCUAUAUUUUCCACAUUUUACAACAUUUCGCAACCAAACUUUGCAAUUUUACUAAUUUUAACAUGCUCUUUCUAGCUGUGGUGAUGGAUUUUGUUUUUCCUGCCUAGAUCAAAAUUAAAUCUAUAGCUGCAAUCAUCAAUUCAGAGUCUCGACUGCGCAUCCAAAUGACGUGUUGUGCGUCGAUAAAGAUUGCAGUUGGAUCAUAACAUGUAGCUGAGACUGAAAGCAUUAUUAAAUAUAAGUUCUUUGUAUGUUUGCAUGGCGAUAAAACAUAUAAUAGGUUUGUUUGUGGAAACACCACGUAAAUUUAUUACUGCAAAUAAACUAUUAUUAUUACUAUUAUUAUUAUUACUACUAUAAAUUAUUAUUAUUAUUGGUCGAACUCACCACUGGUUAUGCCGUUAUGAGACAAACCUCAAAAACAACGUAAAACGGAAGAAGGAUAAAUAUAGAGAAUUAUUGAGACAGUUGGGUAAACAUUUUAACCAACUUAAAUUUAUAAAUCUCUCCAUCAGCUCUUUAGGUAUUUUUGCAGAAGAAUGUUAUACAUUUUUAGACAUGUUAGACAGUAUUGGUCUUGACAAAAACCACCAAAUGUACUGCGUUAGGAAAAUGAUGACUAUUGCUAUUAGAACUACAUAUUACAUUUUUUGCUGCCGAAAUAAGGAAUGCUAGAUGCGCGACCAGGAUUCAUAAUAAAGUUUCUGAAACGUUCUCUGAUCGUAAAAUUUUCUAACAUAGCAAAACAUGCUUGGACUCAGGACCACAAAAUCAACUUUGAUGAAUGCAAAAUCCUAGACAAGGCAACCUAUCGACACAGAACAGCACUGGAGUCCUGGCAUACAGGAACCACGUCAAAUUCUGACAACCAUGCGCAACAUUUACCAGAACAAUGUAGAUUUUUUAAAAAAGAGUUUACGUAGGCGGAACUACUUAUUGUUAUUGCAUGUAAUUGUAAUUGUAAACCACUGUCCUAGUAGCUCUAUCUGUAGAAUAGUUUUAUAUAGACAGGCAGUCCAAAGCUCGUGUUUAAGUACAUUUUAUGAUCAGAUUAUUUGUGUUUCACUUCCACAAUAGAACUGCAUGCAUAAAGUAAGUAUCCAAGUGCCCUCUGCUCAUAUGAAUGUAUUUCUGGGAAACAUGUUACAACUGAUUAGAUUUCUUCCCUAUUUAGGUGGAUGCCUGAAUCUCCACGAUGGCUGGCCGCUCGGGGAAGGACUGACGAAGCUGAUAAAAUUUUGGAGAAAAUUGCAAAACAGAAUAAAACAACAUUUCCAAAAGAAAUGAGCACGAAGGUUAUUUUAAGUGAAGGGAACGUUUCCCAAAAGACCUAUCAUCUUGGCCACUUGUUCAAAACAAAACGUUUGGCAAAGAUAACUUGCAUUGAAGGAUUCUGCUGGUAGGUUGGAUAUAGCGUUGACAUAAAUGAAUAAUUUAGAGAACUAUUUUAUUUUUUCUAGAAAUAAUUCUCACAUAUUGACAAUAAAUCAACACAAUUAGAUACAAGCAACUAAUUUUCCCCGACCUGUACAAUCAAAUGUCUACACAAAUGUUAAAGAAAGUUACUCAAACUUUUUGUAACAAUUUUAUAACAACUAUAUAUUGAUUUCUAAUAUGAAUAUUAACUUUUAUAAUAAAUUCAUUUCAUAAGUUCUUUGUAGGUUUGCAUGGCGAUAAUAAAUUUACGUGGUGUAUCCACAAACAAUAGUAUUAUACAUUUAUUUCACUUAGGUUGGUGACAAGUCUGGUGUACUAUGGUCUGAGUUUCAAUGUGGAUGAUUUAGCUGGCAAUAUCUAUCUGAAUUUCGCCUUAUCUGGUCUUGUUGAAAUUCCUGCUUACCUACUUGCAACUAUCCUUGUUAACAAGUAACUACAUUUUGCACAUUUUGCGCGGUGUUUAAAGUAUAGUUUGAAAGUAUAGUUUGAUCAAACGCUUUGAGCAAGGAAGUGAUUCAAAGUUAUAUCAUACCUUUAAGUUAUUGUCUCUAAAUAUGUUUCUAAUCGUGAUUGCAGAAUAGGUAGACGUAUCCCACUUGUGCUAUAUUUCACAAUUGGAGGCGUGGCCUUACUAUCUACACUCCCGAUAGUGCUGACAGGUACUGUAUGUUACGUCAUGUCAUGUCAUGUUACAAUAAGUAGUAUAUCGUGAAGUUGGUUUUAUCAAACAAUAUAUUGAAAUUGAUGGGGACAGUGUUAAUGAUCGGCAGGCCUUUUAGAACUGAUAUAGCACAAAUAUUUUGUAUAUUAUACAUGUAGGAAAGGACAAAGAAUUAAAAGGUUUGGUGAUGACGUUGUCCUUGGUUGGAAAAUUCACCAUUUCUGCAUGUUUUUAUCAAGUGUACAUUCAUACUGCUGAACUUUAUCCCACAGUUAUCAGGUAAUCUAGCAGUAAUUCAUCUUCAAGAAACAUUUGUUUGUCCAAAUAUACAUAAGUAGAGUGUAUUAAACACAGGAUAAUAAAAAGUAUUCCGCCUUAGGCAAAACAUCUCCCUACAUCACUUUUGUAUUAUAAUGUAUAACCUGGAUGUCAGACAUCCCUACGUUUUGAACUAAUUAUCUUUAUUCUAUUGCCAGCAACUCUUGCAUCCAAAUGAAUAAAUUCAGACGCCCUUAUAUUUGGAAACAAGAUAUAUAUAGGGGAGUCUGAAUUUCAGACACCCCUAUAAAUACCUUUGACGUAUUUACUGUAUAGUGGAAUACAAUAAUUGAAUAAUAGUGCAAACAAUCAAAUCGCGUGUCUGCCAAAAAUUGAUCAGUCUGCAGUUUUUUGUUAAUUUCCUCAAUCUGUGCGGAAAAACACAAGUUUGGAAUUGUUCAAAAUUCUACGAAACGCGUUUAUCUAGUGAAAAGGGGAUAGAAGGGGAUAGACUCCCUCGAUGUACGGCUAUAGUAUAUGGGACAAUGUAGACCUUUUCAACCUACUUACUACUUAAUAUAUAGAAAACAUACUUACGUUUUGUGUCUUAUUUUAAUUUCAAGAUAUUCAUAUAUAUAAAGUUUACAAUACGUUACUAUAUAUUCGGACUAUGUUUUAUCCUACAAAGUAUAUUUAUUAAACUUCCCCGAUGGUACAGUAAAUAAUAUUGAAUGUAAAAUAAUGGUUCCAAUAUAAUAUUAUAAUUUAAUAAAAUCUCACUAUUUCAUUGUUUAAAUGUUUUAGAAACAAUGGUAUGGGCUUUGCAUCACUAUGUUCAAGAAUUGGUGGAAUUUGUGCUCCAUUCAUUGUGGUACGAUUCAAUUUUAAACAAAUUUUGUACUCACUAGAAAUUUAACACCCAAUACACAACUAAAAAGAGAAUGACUAUAUAGGUGAAAUCAAAACUUUAUCAUCUUAUGUUAUUGUUUAAUUCUUUUCUAGGAUGGCACACCGACUGCCUUUCCAUACGUGGUGUUUGGUUCUUCAUCCUUAAUAGCCGGUUUGCUCUCACUGUUGUUACCAGAAACUAAAAACAAGCCUCUACCAGAAAUGUAUGACAACGAAAAUGGCAAUAUGCCGCCCAAGCAACAAGAGACCACUGUGUUAUAAGAGUUUUAUUAUCUAAGGGAUUGCUUUUUUGUAUCAAAGUUAAAGUUAACUGUAUCUUUUUUUUAUUGUAAAAUUGAAACAUUAACUGUACAAUACGUAACAUGUACUGUUUAUUGUCUGUUAUUCUAACUAAAUUUAUAUAGCAAAGUGUAGCAUAUUUCUAAUCUAACUAACUCAGAAAUUCAUGUUUAGAACUGAUAACAGUUUAAGAAGGCAUUUUUUAAAAAUAUAGUAAAAAUUAUUACAGUAUAAUAUAGUCGAC